UUUUUUUUUAUUUAAAGCGCAUUUGGGUCGCCACUUCGGACAGAUUCAGGUCCCCUCGUGGUUGCCAAAGUGAACCGCUUCAUUAUUAACCAAGCAGGCUUACCCGCAGCUCUUUGUAACUUGGAAACCCGCGAGGACAAACAUCUCCAACCGUUACUUGGUUUCUCUCUUCGGCUUGAGUGGACAACCCAGUUUCUUCAACAUUAAAAAGGGGCAAGGCAAGAUUUGAGCUCUCCUAUCACAGCCUGUGCAGUCAGGAAAACUUUUUAUGUGUUGCGUAGACAAACCAGCUCAAAGUAACGGAAGUUAACGUAUUCAUUCACCCUCAGGAAGCGUCUUGAGUGCAGCUUGCUGUGUUAACCGGCACCUGCAAACAUGACACGAAGAUCAUGUGCGAUCUGCGUGGUUGGGUUCAUCUGCGCUGUCCUGCUGGUCUCUGGGAUUGGUUUAAUCUUGGGUCAUGUGUUUCGGACGGUGAUGCACAACCGCCUCAAAAAGGAGAUUGUUUUGGUCGAGGGCAGCCGUGUGUUUGAGUCAUGGAAAACCCCUCCCCCUCCUGUCUACAUGGAGUUUUUCUUCUUCAAUGUGACCAAUGUGGAUGCCUUCCUCGGGGAAGGGGCCAAACCAGUGGUCAGUCAGGUCGGACCCUACACAUACAGGGAGUACAGGUAUAAAGACAAUGUGAGCAUGGUGGAAGAUGGCAAGAAGGUGUCUGCAUACAACACCAAAAGCUUUGUGUUCCUGAGAGAGAAGUCUGUGGGUGACCCAGCUGUGGAUAACAUCACCACGGUCAACAUCCCUGCUUGGGCUGUAAUGAACAAGGUGAAAGGGAGUUUCUUCAAGUCCUCCAUGGUGUCCAUCUGGAUGAACUCUUUGGGGAGCGGUCUCUUCACUACUCGCACGGUGGAUGAAUUGCUGUGGGGCUACGAAGAUCCUUUGCUGGCCCGCAUCGCUCCCUCCAAUCCUGACGUGGAGAAGGUCUUUGGCCUCAUGUACAAGAAAAAUGGAAGCAAUGACGGGGAAUUUGUCUACCACACUGGGGAGCAGAACUACUUGGAUUAUGGCCGCGUUGAAACAUGGAAAGGGCAAAGCCAACUGUCCUUCUGGACGUCUAACCAAAGCAACAACAUCAAUGGGUCAGAUGGAAGUGCUUUCCAUCCCCUGCUGGAGAAGAAUGAACGUAUUUACAUCUUCACUCCGGACUUAUGCAGGUCCAUCCACAUGGAGUUUGAGAAAGACGUUGAGGUGAAAGGAAUCCCAGCAUACCGCUUCACACCGCCACGCUCUGUUUUAGCCAGCAAAGAGGAGAACCCAGCCAAUGAGGGUUUCUGUGUCACCCCACAAGAGUGCCUGGGAACUGGCCUUCUUAAAGUCAGUCCCUGUCGGAAAGGUGCCCCAGUGGUCGCCUCCUUUCCACAUUUUUACCUGGGAGAAGAUAAAUUCGCGGCUGCCAUUGGAGGAAUGUCCCCUAAAAGAGAGCACCACCAAACGUUCCUGGACCUUAACCCGACCACUGGAGUGAUUGUACGUGCAAACAAGAGAGCACAGGUAAACAUCUUGAUGAGCAGAGUCUCUGGAUUCCCGAAAACUAGAGGCUUGAAUGAGACCGUCUUUCCCGUCAUGUUCCUCAACGAGAGUGUGGUGAUUGAUGAUGCAUCUGCGGCGAGAGUGCAUAAGCUGCUGCUGAUUGUCACUGUAGUGUCCAACUUCCCGCUCAUUAUUGUGGGACUUGGAGCCAUUAUGCUCCUGGUCUUGAUCAUCCUUCUGGUCAGGGCCCACAAACAGAAGAAUGAAGUUAAGCGCACUGUGUUUACCAAGCCUCUCUAUGCUACUUCCAAUGACGAGGACACUUCCUACUCUCCAGUCAGUGACAAGGAAAAGGACGAUCCUCAGAAUGGAACCUACAUUGGUUUGACACCUAAAGGGGACCCACAAGCUUGAGCAGGGAGGGAAUAGCUAGAAGGGGGCUCAGAAUUACUAAUAGGGCUUUGGAUUUUCAGGAGAGAGAUAGAAAAUUUUCAAUAUCUCCUUUAUGACUGGAAAUCUCUGUGGGGUGGGGGGUUGAGGGGUAGAGGAGGGGGACAUGUUCGCAAACAUGCUGUACUGUAUGUACUUACUUUUAUCCAUGGAGAGCUACCUAAAGUCCAGGUUUAGCACACUGUCUAGCAUGCCAGAAAGAGUAUAAAUCAUUAGAAAACACUGUGCCUCAAGGGCUAGUUCUUGCUGUUUGGUUCAAUCAGUUGCUGGAAGCUGCAAAGAGCACACUUUGUGGCAGGCUUAAACAAACAAAACACCCUUUAAACCUCAGGUGUGGGAUAAAUUUGAUUGUAGCACUGUGGCCUCACCUCAUUCUCUGUUUGCCUAGAUUGUGCCUUCAGAUUUUAGUCACUGACUAUGUGACAGGGCACAGAGGAUGAUUUGGGACCAGGGUAAUCAAGUUCAUAAACUGAGUUUUUAAGAUAUGUGUUACUCUCAGGGGGGCCAUUAAAGCAGGGGAGAGGAGCAAAACACACAGCAAGUCUUCUCCUUGUGAAGACAUUUAAAUCAGUUCAGUAUUACUAUGUUUCAUUUGCAUUUAAUCCUAAACUAAAUGUUACAAAACAUUGUCAUGGCUCAUUAUUUUUCUAUUCAUGCACUGUAUGCAGAGGGGUGUCUGUGCACAUCAUUAUCACUGCAUCUGAGAAAUCUUCAGAGCAUAUUUUUGUAUAUAUACAGUGUAAGAUGUGUUGAACUGCUUACAUUCCUCUCAGUGUAUGAUGGGAAUGGAUAUCAGAGAAAACGCUGUAUAUUUUGGAUACUUUAAUUUUUGUAAAAUAAGAAAUCCUUCUCAUUUUUUUGUAAAUGUUAAUGUAGAAAUGUUUGAAUGAGGAACAUGUUGAGUUAGAGCUUCACAGUUGUCUUCUAGUGCCAUAGUGAGCCACACUUUCAUCAGCCAUCUAAAGCCCUGAAAGUGACAGGAUUUUAUGGUUGAAAGUUGAAACAAUGAUUCAUACAGUACUGAAUUUAUGUGUUGACAGUAUUUUUGCCCUGUAUAACUGCUUACACUAACUAAUGCUGGCAUAUAAAUAUAAUUCAGCCUAUUAUCAUUUCAAGAUAUGCUUUUUGAUGCUGUUGUUAUAGGCCUUACUAGUAUUGUUGGUGCUGCUGACUACAAAACCUUUUUAUCCAUGUUUAUGAAAGACUUCAUUUCAGGUGUCCAGCCAUUACAACUCAAAACUCAUAAAGGUCCAAUAUGAAGUUGUGCCUUUAAAAGAAUCGCAGUUACUGAAUUUGUUUUGCCUUUAAUCGUUUUCACAUAUUCUGUGAAAAUAGAGCCUUGUCAUACCAAUAGAUCUACUCUUAAAUGUUGUUUUCUUACAGAUACCAAACAAAGCUGAGCGUAAAACUACUAGACGUUUUUAUAGGUCAUAUCUGCCAGCAGGGUCAAAGUGCACUUUGAAAAACGCUUUGCUUGAACAGUAAAUUGUUGUAUGAAAUAUUAGAUUUCAAGUGCCAUUUAAUGUAAUUUAGAAUAUGCUGCAGAAUGACUGCAUUUGAACUGUGCUGUGCCCAGCUUUUAUUUCUGUGCUUAUUCAUAGAUGUAACAUUUUAAGCGUGAAUGAGCUACGUCAUACCACUUUGUCAUCACAUGCACUGUUAUAAUCAGUGAUGAAUUUAUCAGACAGUAGCAAAGAAGCUGAAACAAGUUUCAUUUAGAGAUUUCUGCUCCCUCAUUUGAUUUGACUUCUUGUGUUUGAUGUAAUCAGUUAUGUACAAUAAGUAAACCUAAUGAAACAGAAGAAAUCAAUGUGUGCAUAAUGUCAUAAAUUCAUGAGGGGGGUGAAUGCAUGGAUAAAGCAAUCUUUUUUAUGCAAAAACAGUAUUACGCAAUAUUAGUCUUGUGGUUAGAAAGGUUAAAUUAUUUUGCUACCUUGGUAACACCAAAACACAGAAAGCACCAUAUGGACCGUGCACUGGCCUUCUUUGUGCCAUACUUUGAUAACAGAUUGUACUUUCUGAAAUCAUCGUUACAGCUAUAACCACUUAUUCUUGUAGUUGUCAGCUUGUUUCGAAACAUUGACUGUUAAUACUGUUUUUUUUGUGUACACAAAAAUAAAAGUAGUUUCAGUAAA